AAGAUAACCAAAACUUUUCUUAAUGAGGUAUAGUUGUAGCCCGCAAAUUUCUGAUUAAAAUGACACAUUUCCCAACUCUACAGGACCUUUCUUUGUAAAGUUAUAGAAUUUACAAGAAAAGCCCUAACUGUUCAUUAUCAGGUCAAAGCUACAGAAAUAAGAAAUUAAUUUAGGGCUUUUCUUAUAAAUUGUAUAACUUUGCAAAGAAAGAUCGUGUAGAGCUGGAAAAUGUCUCAUUUUAAUCAGAACUUUGCGCGCUACAAGCAUGCCACGUCAAAAAAGGUUUUGGUUAUUUUUUAAAGUUUCUGAAAGAGUAGUUUUUCAGAAAACCGGAUCUUCGAAGGGCUAUGAGGGGUCUCCAUGGUCAUAUUCGGAAUCAGCAUGGUCAAUAAUCUAAAAUAAUUAGUAAUAAUUUACACAAGAUUAACAACGUUAUGCUUCAAUACUCUUACGUUAUGUAGAAGACUUUUACAGUCAAAUUGUUGUAUUGUUGAUAGUGAGAUUUUUAAGAUUUUUGCAUACUGUACGUGGUGAAAUUCUUGAGAGUUUGUACUUCGAAAAGCGAUAAGGAGAAUGUUUAAAAAUUAAAAUAGCGAGGAAUGAAAUACGAAGUUCUGCGAUCGAAGACUCCAGUUUGAAUCAGACGUGCGCGAUUACAAUUACAAAAUGUAAAGUUCAAACAUUGCUAUUAUCUGUAGAAUUAAGAAUUCUAGAAUUAUGAACUUUACAUGUAUUCUAGAAUUAUGAACUUUACAUGUAUUCUAGAAUUAUGAACUUUACAUACAUGUAAAGUUCAUAAUUCUAGAAUUCUUAAUUCUACAGAUAAUAGCAAUGUAUGUACUUUACAUUUUGUAAUUGUAAUCGCGCAGCCCUCGUUUGAAUCUUUGCUAACUCACUCACACGCUACGGUAGCCCGUACUCCUGAACAAUGUUCUACUAUAUAGCUUUCGAAAAUCUUACUACGUACAUUAAUGUCUGUUAAUAACUUAGGAUGUGUUACAUUACAUUUCCGUUAUGCACCAUACGGAUAUUGUCACAGUAAAAUUCAGAUACGAAGUGCGAGAGUAUUAGAGCACUAUUGAAUUAAUAAUAAAUAAUUAUCUAAAAACGACUUUAACCACUAUCAACAACAACAACAACAGAUAGAGACUAAAAGCCAUACAUCAUUUCUCGUUCUUUUUCUUUUAUCUUCUUAAAUGCAUGCGAACUUCUAACACUACAAAAAUUAUUUUGGCUUAUAGUAACAGUUUUGAACCUGGGAUCUAUACUUUGAUUGUAUGCUUCUUGUGAACACAGUUAGUGUUCACAAUACGAUCCUCUAAAGUUUGACUUCUUUUUCUAAUUUAUUCUAGAAUUGUGUUUCAAAUAUUUUGGAUAAUUUAAUUGAUUCAAGUGCCAAUGUUGUUUUUCCAUUUUGUCCAGCCACAGCGACGACAUCAUCCACGCCACAAAGUGUAUCGAGAAUGGUACUAUUAAUAACACAGAAACAACUUCAACAAUUAGUAAGAUAG